AAGGAAUCCUCAAAGUGGGAAUUCACAGAAAAGCUACGUAGAUGUUUUACUGUUAUAUUUAAAUUUUAUUGGAUUACACAAUUUUGAAGAAGCCCUACUUCUACUACUUUUGACUCAGCGGCCGUUGUUUCCUUUCAUAGAGAGGCUUGAAGCGAGAGACAGAUGAGAUAACAGCCAGAAGAUGACAGAAGACGACAACAAUAUGAUAUGAUGACUACAACUUGUCUUGACGAGAAAUUUGAUCCGAACAUGACCCACAGCUGCGACCAGCAGUGCCUCGGCCCCCUGACCUUCCAUCCCAGGGCUGUGGGACACGAGAUCCGCCUGAGCGAGGGCGGUCGACGUGCCCAGAGAGCUGAAGACACUUUCAAAGGUGGUGUUGUUUUCACCAGCCGGCCUGUGAAGACCCACGAGAGGAUCCGGGUCCUGGUGGAGAAACGUGUGCCACACUGGCAAGGAGCCAUGCGCGUCGGCUUCACCAACGUUCCUCCAUUAACCAGAUCUUUGCCUUUGCCCCCCAUUGCCGUGCCCAACCUCACACAAACCUCAGGUCACUGGGCCACAAUUGUGCCAGAGUCCUGCUGUCAGGAAGGUUCGGUGCUGGAAUUCUGGGUCACUGAUGAUGGCCACAUAUGUCUGAAAUUUCAAAACUCCGAGAAGCAAAAGAUAGAAGCGGAAGUGGACGUCAGAAAGCCUCUCUGGGCCAUGAUUGAUGUCUACGGCCAGACGUGCUCCAUCUUCCUUCUAGGCUCAAAGACAAAAGGUUUUCUUUUCAAAAGAACAUCUUGUCCUACACUUGACCCUCUCACCAGACAGCCCUCCAGUCUCAAACCCGAUUCUACGACACAGAGGGAAAAAUCCGAUGACUGUAUCUCCUGCCGAAGCAUGGAAAUCCCAGCAGAUGACCGCUGCGUGGUGUGUAUGACGCGAGAGGCUGACAUCACGCUGCCCUGUGGCCACCGCUGCCUCUGCCUCAGCUGCACCUCCAGAGUCUUGGUGCAGUUUGGCAUCUGUCCGUUGUGUCGAGUGAGGAUUGACACUGGAGUGAUGUCUGAAGGCAGCAUGAUCUCCAGAACUGGGGAGAGCUAGCAUCAAAUUGAAACUACUAAGACUGUAACCAAGAAAACAUCACGAACUGCACCUUUUGACUGCAUCCUGCUGAGCAGCCAAAUUCAAGAGGACUUAGAUGCAGAUAAAUCUUUUUUAUAAAUAAUAUUUAAACAUGGACAUGUUUGAC